GCCUGGAUCCAACAUGGCGGCUGUUGAUAAACUCAGAAGCGGAAUUUAACCUCGGAGUUUAUUUAUCGACGCUUUUUUACAUCCCACAUUUUUAACUCUCUCACUUUGGAGCUUCUUUUGAGGUUUUUCAGACGCUGCAGAGUCCAGUCCAGUUCACCUGGAGGUCCACGGGAGCCGGUUCUGAUCCUGGAGGAUGGACUGAAUCUGAUGUGAUCUGAUCCUGGUUCCUUCUGAGUCAUGGAGAAGUUCGGGAUGAGUUUCGGAGGCGGUCCCAGCAGGAAGGAGCUCCUGGAGACCAUCGAGUCCCAGAAGAAGCAGCUGAUCCACUACCAGACCCGCUUCAAGGACGUGGUCCGGGCCUACAAGAGUCUCCUGAAGGAGAAGGAGGCCCUGGAGGCCAGUCUGAAGGUUCUGACCACCACUCAGGAUCUGGACCUGCACCACGCUGGGGUGGGAGCCGCCUCCGCCGUCCCCGACCUGCCGGACGACGGCUGCUCGCUGCACAGCGAGGACAGCCUGGACACGGCGGCGUCCGUGGACACGCCCAGCGAGACGGCCCGGGGGGACCAGAGUGAGGAGGACCAGGGCGAAUCUGGAGGGUCGGUGAAGUCUGAGCCUGAAGCGUCAGAGAGCAGCCCCGUGGGGGCGGAGCCACUCCAGGCCACGCCCCCUCCCAUCGCAGAGGCGGACCGCCGCCUCGGUCAGCUGAAGAGCCAGCUGAGCACGCUGACGGGCGCGCUGGCCACGGUGACGCAGGAGAAGUCCCGCAUGGAGGCCAGCUUCCAGGCCGACAAGCGCCAGCUGAAGCAGGAGGUGGAGGAGCUGCAGGAGCGCCUGGCCGCCCUGGCGGCGCAGCAGGAGGCGGAGCUGGGAGCCGCGCAGCGGCAGCUGGCCGAGAGCCGCGCCCGCGUCAUCACGCAGCAGCACGAGCGCGAGCAGGAGCAGGGCGACCACGUGCAGCAGCUGCGGGAGCUGCAGCGCCUCCUGCAGCAGGAGCGCGACGUGCGGCAGGACGCCGAGCUGCGCCUGCAGGACGCCGCCGCCGCGCUGCACGCCUCCUCGCAGGCCGCCGACCGGGGGGCGGAGUCCGAGGCCCACCUGGGCCAGGUGAGGGAGGAGAGGGACGAGCUGAGGAGGAGGCUGCAGGCCGCUGAGGAGGACCGCAAGAGACCCGAUCCGCGGGUGGACGAGCUGCAGCAGGAACUGAAGGAGCUGAAGAACGACUUCCAGCAGCAGAUCCAGACCGAGACCCGCAAGGUGUCGGAGGCGGAGGAGCGCGCCCGUGAGCGCGCCCAGAGCGCGGAGGCGCGGGUGGCGGGCCUGGAGCAGCGGGUGUCGGAGCUGUCGGAGCUGCUGGGGACCUGCGAGAAGGCCAAGCAGCGGGACCAGCAGGCGGCCCAGAGGCUGCGGGACCGCCUCCUGCAGCUGGACGCCGAGAACAAGACGCUGGCCAUGGCAGCCUCCAGCCGCGCCGCGUCCGACCCGGGCCUGGACGACGCGCAGCUGGACGUGGCGGCGCUGAGGGACAAGCUGCAGAAGGUGAAGAAGCUGCUGCAGCUGGCGGCGCAGGGCAGCCCGGACCUCAGCAUCCUGGAGGCGGAGGCGGAGCCGGGUGAGGACCGGGCCAAGGCGCUGGCCUGCCAGCAGGAGCUGCGGCAGCUGAAGGACGAGUUCGAGCGCUACAAGCUGCGGGCGCAGGUCGUCCUCAAGAACAAGAACGCCAAAGACGGCUGCCAGGCGCGGGAGCUGGAGGAGGUCCGGGACCAGCUGGCCGAGCUGCGCGAGAAGUACAUCAACCUGCGCAUCCAGAGCGACGAGGCCGAGGAGCGCCACCGCCGCCAGCUGGACGAGCGGCAGGCGGCGGCGGCGGCGCUGCAGCUGGCCCACCGGCAGGAGGCGGAGAGGGCGGAGGCCGCGCACCGCGAUGAGCUGCUGCGCCUGGAGGCGGAGCUCCACAAGCAGCGCGAGAGGACCAUGGCCCUGCUGGACGACAAGGACCAGGAGCUGGAGAGGCUGCGGGCGGCCGUGCUCGGCUCUGGCGGGGUGGGCGCCGACGCGGCCGCGGACGCCGUCUCCGACGGCGACGACAACGACGCCGUCGGCCAGGCUCUGCGACAGGCCACGCCCACCGAGUCCACGCUGCUGCUGUACGCCGAGCAGCUGGCGCGCAAGGAGGUGGAGACGGGCGGCCUGCGGCGGCAGAAGAACCGGCUGGAGGAGGACCUGCGCCAGCUGCAGGCGCACCUUGUCGCCAACGGCGAGCGCCACGACGAGGAGGCGGCGCAGCUGCGCGAGCACAUCGACAAGCUGGUCCGGGACCAGCGCCGCGAGGGCGCCAACGUGGAGUACCUGAAGAACGUCAUCUACCGCUUCCUGACGCUGCAGGACGCCAGCGGGCGGCAGCAGACGCUCGCCGCCAUCCUCACCAUCCUGCACUUCAGCCCGCAGGAGAAGCGCGACGUCCUCAAGCUGCAGGCGCCGCCCUGGUGGCGGUGAGGCGGCGGGGCGUUCGGGGACUGUCGGAGGGGACCGCGUUCGUAGCCGUUUCUACGGAAACGCAGCAACGCAAAUCAAAGGAUGUCCAGAGUUUUAACAGAUCAGUGACGCCGCAGCACGAGGAACAUUUCACCUUGAAAUAAUUUGCGGCACUGAUUUAAUUUUCCCAGCUUUUGUUGGUGGACUCAGGACAGCGAGCUAAUAUUAACAUGCACAGAUGAAUUGUGGGUAAUGGAGUGUAUAUUUGUAAUCCAUUCUUGAAAUUAAACUAUAUUUUGUGCGUCUUCA